AUGGCCGAUGAUGCGCCCGGUUCGCAAGAGCUGACGCUCGCCGAUGACGCGGCGACCGGGAAAGUCAGCUCCGCGCCGUCGAGGAGCGGACAGGGCGAGGCCAGUGCCCCCGAGCCUCUGACGGCCGUGCAACGCUGGCGCAACAUCGCGUUCCUCUCCGUCGGCUGGUGCGUUGCGGUCAGCGUUCUCUUCAUUCAGGUCUCGAACACGCCGGGUGUUGUCCUACGCCUCACCGGCAGCCGCGGCCUCGCCACGCUGUCCUUCGGCAUCAUGAUCUGCAUGGGCGCCGUCGCGUGCCUGCCCGGCGCCGCCACGAUGCACCGCUACGGCCGCCGCUACACGUACCUCGCGGGCGGCCUGGUGGCGCUCGGCGGCGCAGUGCUCCAGUGCUUCGGCAUGGACAGCGAGAACGAGGGGCUCCUCAUCGUCGGCUCCGUCCUUCAGGGCCCGAUGUACGGCCUCGCGAACAGCCUGCGGUUCGCGUCCGCGGAGUUCGCGCUUCCCCACGAGCGCCCGCGCGCACUGGCCGCGCUCGUCGCCGGCGCGCUGUUCAGCGCCGUCACGGGGCCCGAGCUCGCGCGCCGCGCCCGCGACAUGAUCGACGGGUCGCCGACCACCGGCGCCUACGUCAUCGCGUGCAUCCUCUACGUCGUGCAGAUCGUCUCCGUCUGCUUCCUUGUUCAGUGGCAUCGCGUUCCGCGGAAGAAGGAGCUGCCGGUCGGCGCGCCGCCGGAGCCCGCGAAGCCCGGGCAGGACCCCGUGCGCGCGCCGAGGCCCUACGCGGCCGUCGUGACGCACUGCCUCACGUCGGUCGACUUCGUGCUGGCCAUGGGCGCGGCGGCGUGGGCCUUUGGGUGGAUGGCGUCGCUCAUGGGCGCGACGCCGGUGCUGAUGAGCUCGAACGGGCGGUCGCGCGACGACUCCACGACCGUGCUCGAGGUCCACCUGAUCAGCAUGUUCCUCCCCGGGUUCGUCUCCGGCCGCACGGUGCAGAAGUUCGGCGCGCUCAACAACCUCUUGUUCGGGUUCCUCGUGCUCGCGGCCGGCACGGGGGUGUACUUCGUGCCCGACGCAGAGUGGAUGUACUUCGUCGCGCUCGUGCUGCUGGGCGUGGGGUGGAACUUCGCGUACGUCGCGGCGUCGGUCCUGGGCACGCAGUACGUGGCACGGCAGAAGGCCGCGCCGCGCGACGUGGUGAUGAUGCAGGGGCUGUUCGACACGGGCGUGCUCGCGGUGAUGUCGACGGGCACGAUGAGCGUUGGGUACGCCAUCGACGGCAUCGGAAAGGACAGUACUCUGGGGUACUUUAUGGCCAUCGGGGGGGUCGCUACGAUCGUGGCGCUCGGGCUGGCGGUGGCGCUGUGGGUGCGGAGGCCGGGGACGGAGGCGGAGGCGGGGGCGGAGGGUGGCGCGCGGGAGAAGGCGUAA